AUGGCCCCAGGCGCCGAGCAAGGUCACCGAGCAGCCGGCUGGGGACUGCGGGGCGCCCUGGCAGCGGUGGCUUUGCUCUCUGUGCUCAAUGCGGCAGGAACGGUGUUCGCGCUGUGCCAGUGGCGCGGCCUGAGCGCUGCGCUGCGGGAGCUGGAGGCGCAGCGCGGCCGGGAGCAGCGCGAGGACAGUGCCCUGCGUGCCUUCCUGGCGGAGUUGAGCCACGCGCCGCGCCGUGCGCCAGCGCCACCCCCGGACCCCGCGAGCGCCGCGCGCAACAAGCGCAGCCAUCGAGGGGAGCCAGCACAGCACAUCCGCACAGAAAGCCAGGACAUGCUGAUGAUGAUGACUUACUCCAUGGUGCCGAUCCGAGUGAUGGUGGACCUGUGCAACAGCACCCAGGGCAUCUGCCUCACAGGUCCACCUGGCCCACCAGGACCUCCGGGAGUUGAUGGGUUACCAGGACACAAUGGAUCAGACGGACAGCCUGGUCCAGAGGGCCCAAAAGGCGAAAAAGGAGCAAAUGGAAAAAGAGGAAAAAUGGGGCUUCCUGGAGCCACAGGAAAUCCAGGGGAAAAGGGAGAAAAGGGAGACCCUGGCGAACUGGGCUCACCAGGAAAUGAGGGCCCACCAGGACAGAAGGGUGAAAAAGGAGACAAAGGAGAUGUGUCCAACGAUGUACUGCUGGCAGGUGCCAAAGGUGACCAAGGCCCACCUGGACCCCCUGGACCCCCAGGCCCUCCAGGCCCUCCUGGGCCUCCUGGAAGCAGAAGAUCCAAAGGCCUUCGGCAGCCAAACAUGUUCAAUGGCCAAUGUGCAGGUGAGACGUGUGCCAUACCAAACGAUGAUACCUUGGUGGGAAAAGCUGACGAGAAAGUCAGUGAACACCAUUCCCCUCAAGCAGAUUCCAUGAUCACUGCCAUUGGAAACCCAUCACAAAUAUUAAAGGUUACAGAGACAUUUGGGACUUGGAUAAGAGAGUCUGCUAAUAAGAGUGAUGACCGUAUCUGGGUGACUGAACAUUUUUCAGGCAUCAUGGUGAAGGAGUUCAAAGACUGGCCCUCCCUUCUGAACGGCAGUUACACCUUCAUCCACCUCCCGCACUACUUCCACGGUUGUGGGCAUGCUGUUUACAACAACUCUCUCUACUACCACAAAGGGGGCUCCAACACCAUAGUGAGAUUUGAAUUUGGCAAAGAAACAUCCCAAAUUCUGAAGCUCGAAAAUGCCUUGUAUUUUGAUCGGAAAUACCUUUUUGCAAAUUCCAAGACUUACUUCAACCUAGCUGUAGAUGAAAAGGGCCUCUGGAUCAUCUAUGCCUCGAGUGUGGAUGGCUCGAGCAUUGUUGUAGCACAGCUGGACGAGAGAACCUUCUCAGUGGUGCAGCACAUCAAUACCACGUACCCCAAGUCCAAGGCCGGUAAUGCCUUCAUAGCUCGGGGAAUCCUCUACGUCACAGACACCAAAGAUACGAGGAUCACAUUCGCCUUCGAUUUGUUAGGAGAGAAACAGAUUAAUGCAAACUUUGAUUUGAGAACUUCCCAGUCUGUUCUUGCCAUGUUAUCAUACAACAUGAGAGAUCAGCACUUAUACUCCUGGGAAGAUGGCCAUUUAAUGCUUUAUCCUGUGCAUUUUUUGUCAGCUACGUUUAAACAAUGAUGAGCUGCCUUCCAUUCCCCUCCCCUCUCCUCCAUCCCCACCACCAGUACAUUUCAGGUGUUUUCUGGGGUCACUUUUAUCCAACAGAAAACUUGUCUAAAGACAAGUGAGGUAGCCAAGGUACUUAGAACAUAAUCUUAUAGCAUGAGUGUUUGUAGUCAGUGGGCACCUUUAAAAUCAGAUUGCUUAAUCAAAUAGCAACAGAUUGGAACUUAAAUGUUCCAAUAAACUUAAAUGUUCUCCAUAAACAACUCAUUUAGGCAAGUUAGCUCUCCUUCCUUGGGCCUUGGUUCCCCUGUUAAUAAUAUAAACCAUCUGGUUAGGGUAAUUGGUAAGAUGUUCUCUAAUUGUAGAAAAUUUUGUGAUUCUUGGCUGUUAUUCUUCUCACAACUUUUACAAGUCGGGUUCUGUUUUCUGGUUUGUCAGCCAAAUGUGAGCAAAUUUACCUUUGAGUUGAUAGUCCCUAUUUCUUGUGCAGUGAAUUCCCCAGUACUGACUUAUAUUGGGCACCUUGGGAAAGUACAUUGACCUUUUAAGCCUUCUUAAUGCUAUGUUAUCCAUAAUUUAUUAGUUUUCUCUGAAUUUGCACCUGCUACCACAGAAUGGCCAUUGUCCUCAUCUCCAAGAUUAGCUAAAGCCAGGAACACUUGCAUGCUCAGGUUUCUAAAUGAAACAGAAUCAGGUCUGAUCAGGUUCCUGUCAACUUCUGAUCAUGUUGAUUUACUGCAGGGGACCGUAAAUACUGAACCCUUGGGCACUCUGGUUGCUCACUCUACAGCACUAAAACCUGAGUGAAUGGGCAUUUAUCUGGCCAGAACCAUAGGAAGCACUUUGCAGUUUCAAAGAGAGGCACUAUUUGUAGUUAUUAUGUAGAACCAGGGAGGGGGGUGGUAAACUAUAACCCAAGGGCCAAAGCCAAUCUGUUGCCUGUUUUUGUAAAUAAAGUGGAACAUAGUCUCACUCAUUUGUUUACAGGCUAUGACUACUUUUGCUGAAUAACAGCAGAGUGGAGUAGCUGCUGCAGAGAACAUAUGGCUCCAUAAAGCUGAAACAUUACUAUCUGGCUUUUUGUAGAAAGGGUUUGCUGACCUUUGAUCUAGAAUACAAAGUCAGCCUGAUUUAUGGACGGGCUUACUCACCAGGGCCUGUUUUGUUUUGUUCCAACUAAGAACUGGCACUUGAUAUGGUUGGAAUUUCAGGUAGAGGAAAAGGCUGAGAACAGCAUCAAAUGAAGUGACUCCAGCAGUAAGUGAGCUGUUCUUUCCUAAACAAUUUAAAGGAUAUAUCUAGUCCCCAUGGGCAGGAGAGGAUCCAGUUUAAUUUGCUCCCAAAUGCACUUAAACAUGAAUGUUUUCUGCCAACUCAGUCUGAACAUCCUUCAGCCCAGUGCUGAGAUCCAGGCAGGGCCACUGAGAAAAGAGGAAGCUGGACAGAUGACUAGAGAGAUCCUUGUUGCCAGGAAAGAGACAGAGGGAAACUCUUAGGGGGAGAUCAUCUGCCCCAGUUUGUGUGUCUUCUGAGACUUUUCUCUGGGUCCACGUCUAUUCCCAUUUUUUAUAGUCCAUGAUUUCUGGGUCCUGGUUUAUACCUAAUUAAUAGAAGGAUUUUUAAAUGUAAAAGAUGUGCAGAUUUAAAUAUUUAAGUCUCCCCACCCCCUCAAAAUGCCCAGGCAGCUGUUAGUGAUGUGUUUGUUGUGUUCCCAAGAUAAUGAGUCUUUGAAACUUCUCCGCCUACUUUUAAAUUAGAUAGUUGUAUCAUGUCACCAUAGCUUUGUAAAAAUACUCUUUUGGGAUUUAUGUUUUGUAGCAAAGUAAGG